GGGCGCUAGGGAGCCGGGGCCGCAGCCCCCCCGGGGCCCGCCGGGGCGGCUCUCGGCUCCCGGGGUUGGGGUGGCGGGGCCGUCCCGGGGCCCCAGCGCCGCAGCAGCACAAACAGGCGCCGGACGCGGAGCCGCCAGGAAGCGCGGGGGGGGGGGGGCGGACCCGAGGGGGGGGACGCCGGGUAACCCCUCCCCGUCCGGGCCCCGCGGCCCUGUGCGCGGGCGGGCCCGGCCCCUGACCGCUCCUGGCCUCGAGUUCCGAGCCCUUCCGGGGUCCCCCCUCCCCGCCCCGUCCCGGGAUCCCAAGGGACUCGGGAGGGGGCGCGGGCUCCCGAGGUCUCCUCUCCACCCCCCCACCCUGCAGCCAGGCCGCCGCCGGGCCGGUCGAACCCCCACUUCCGCGAAGGGGCAGGGCGGGGUCACGAAGUGGGCGCUGUGCCCGUGGGCGGGGCUUUCCCGAAGGGGCAAGGCCCGCGCAUCCAGAAUCGGGGCCGGCAGAGGGUUAAGGCCCAGUGGGAGGAAGCCCAGGGUAUUGGGGUCAGCAUGGCAUUAACCUAGCUCAAGCCAGGCCGGGCUGACUCAGCACCCUGUCCUGGCCAUCCGUCAUCCCCGACGGCUCUGCACUCUCCCCUCGGGCAGAGAUGGGAGAUGGCGCCGGUGCUGCCCCUGGUGCUGCCCCUCCAGGCCCGCAUCCGUCUGGCGCAAGGGCUCUGGCUCCUCUCCUGGCUGCUGGCAUUAGCCAGCGGCCUCACCCUGGUCUCUAGUGGGCACCUCCUGGCCCAGCUGAGGCACCUGGGCACUUUCCUGGCCCCCUCCUGUCGGUUCCCUGCCUUGCCGCAGACCGCCUUGGCGGCGGGGGCGGUGGCUCUGGGCACCGGGCUGGGGGCGGCAGGAGCCAGCCGGGCGAGUCUGGAUGCGGCUCGGUUCCCUCCCUGGCGAGGCGUCCUGGGCCCGCUGCUGGCGGCUGGCACAGCUGGGGGCGGAGGGCUUCUGAUCCUUGCCCUGGGGCUAGCCCUGGGUUUGCCUAUGAGUCUGGACCAGGGGCUGGAGGAAGGGCUGGGGAUCGCCCUGGCUCACUACAAGGACACUGAGGUGCCUGGGCGCUGUCAGGCCAAGCGACUGAUGGAUGAGCUGCAGUUGAAGCAUCAUUGCUGCGGGCGCCAUGGCUACAAGGAUUGGUUUGGGGUCCAGUGGGUCAGCAGCCGUUACCUGGACCCCAAUGACCAGGAUGUGGUUGACCGGAUCCAGAGCAAUGUGGAAGGCCUGUACCUGACUGAUGGGGUCCCUUUCUCCUGCUGCAACCCCCACUCGCCCCGGCCUUGCCUGCAAAGCCGGCUCUCAGACCCUUACGCCCACCCUCUCUUCGAUCCCCGACAACGCAACCUAAACCUUUGGGCCCAAGGGUGCCACGAGGUGCUGCUGGGACACCUGCAGGACUUGUCUAGCACGCUGGGCAGCAUGCUGGCUGUCACAUUCCUGCUGCAGGCUCUGGUGCUCCUCGGCCUGAGGUAUCUGCAGACAGCGCUGGAGGGGCUUGGAGGGGUCAUUGAUGGGGAAGGAGAAACACAGGGUUACCUUCUCCCUGGUGGGCUGAAAGACAUGCUGAAAACAGCAUGGCUGCCAGGAGGGGGUACCCACAAACCAGCGCCUGAGGAAGCCCCACCAGAAGACGACCCUCCCAAGGAGGAUCAGCCGGAAGAGGCCUAGCAAUCUGCAGUUGGGAUGGGGCACAGGGGCAGAGGAAGAGGAAGGGAUGGACAAAUGUGGGAAACUCAAGGUCUUGAGCUCUCCCUUGGCUUUUUUGCUUAAGGUGGGCUCUCUACCAUUUGAGCCACAGUUCCACUUCCAGCUUUUUUCUUU